AUGUGUCGUGGACGCCAAUUUCUCUAUGCUGCCACUCUAGGCACAGAUAUAGCUGAGGACGCAGAGCCAGAUGUGGUCAGGAAUCUCAGUGUGGUCAACAUCACAACAUCAUCUGCUUUUCUGAAAUGGGAUGAACCUCAGGGGAAUAGAUCUUACUUUAAAAUUCAGUGGAGUGAUAAUAAUAGUGUCAACUAUACAGAAACUAAUGACACAUGGUAUAACAUCACUGAUCUGACCGCUGGUGUCAGUUACACUUUUAACAUCACUGCUGUUGCAACUGAUAAAUCAACAGAGGGAGAACCUGUAGUUACCACAAAAUACACAAAGCCUGGUGUUAUAAUGAACCUCAAAGCUGAUAAUAUCACCACAUCAUCUGUUUUACUAAGCUGGACUAAACCAAAUGGCCAAAGCUCCUAUUAUAAGAUAGAAUAUGGAAAUAACAACGUGACUACAGAGAACACUUCCAUGGAAAUACAUUUUCUGGUUCCUGGAGCAAAAUACACAUUCAAAGUGUUUGCAGUUGCAGCUGAUCGAGUGACCGAGGGGGACUCUAAUCAGAUUUCACUAUUUGCCAAGCCAGUUGGAACCAGCAGUCUAGUUGUGACCAAUAUCACAACAUCCUCUGUUGUUCUGACCUGGAAUGAACCAAAUGGAAAUAGAUCUUUCUAUAAAAUUGAUUGGACUGCUGAUAAAACAAACAAAAGUGGAACAGAAAUGACGACUUCUGAUUAUUUACAAAUCACUAAUCUGACUGCUGGAGUCAGUUACACAUUCUGCAUCACAGCAGACAAUUCAAACGGAAGUGCUGCUUUCUGCAUCUCACAAUUUACCAAGCCAGAUGUGGUCAGGAAUCUCAUUGUGGCCAACAUCACAACAUCAUCUGCUUUUCUGAAAUGGGAUGAACCUCAGGGGAAUAGAUCUUUCUUUAAAAUUCAGUGGAGUGAUAAUAAUAGCGUCAACAAUACAGCAACUAAUGACACAUGGUAUAACAUCACUGAUCUGACCGCUGGUGUCAGUUACACUUUUAUCAUCACUGCUGUUGCUACUGAUAAAUCAACAGAGGGAGAACCUGUGGCUACCACAAAAUACACAAGUAUGUUUCCAUAUUUCCAGAUAAAAUUUUGAAAUGCAUCAAUUUAUGCUUGUUCAUUUGUUUCUCUUUAA